CCUUGGUUCCUAUUAUUUGAGAUGCGGGUGGAGGAGGGACAUAGUUCUUAUUGAGCGAGACGUGCCUGCUCCUCUAGCGCCUGUCCUUUCCUGUUCUCCAGCAUGGUGUGUCUGUGGUUCCCUGGAGGCUCCUGGACGGCAGCUCUGACAGUGAUACUGAUGAUGCUGAGCCCUCCCCUGGCUUUGGGUAGGGACACCCGACCACGUUUCCUGGAGCAGUUUAAGCCUGAGUGUCAUUUCUACAACGGGACGGAGCGGGUGCGGUUCCUGGACAGAUACUUCUACAACCGGGAGGAGUACGCGCGCUUCGACAGCGACGUGGGGGAGUACCGGGCGGUGACGGAGCUGGGCCGGCCGGACGCCGAGUACUGGAACAGCCGGAAGGACAUCCUGGAUGACGCGCGGGCCGCGGUGGACACGUUCUGCAGGCACAACUACGGGGUCGUGGAGAGCUUCACCGUGCGGCGGCGAGUUGAGCCUAAGGUGACCGUGUAUCCUGCAAAGACUCAGCCCCUGCAGCACCACAACCUCCUGGUCUGCUCUGUGAAUGGUUUCUAUCCCGGCAACAUUGAAGUCAAGUGGCUCCGGAAUGGCCGGGAAGAGGAGGCUGCGGUGGUCUCCUCCACAGGCCUGAUCCAGAAUGGAGACUGGACCUUCCAGACCCUGGUGAUGCUUGAAAUAGUUCCCCAGAGUGGAGAGGUUUACACCUGCCAAGUGGAGCACCCAAGCCGCAUGAGCCCCAUCACAGUGGAAUGGAGAGCACAGUCUGAAUCUGCACAGGGCAAAAUGCUGAGUGGAGUCGGGGGCUUUGUUCUGGGUCUGCUCUUCCUUGGGGUCGGGCUGUUCAUCUACUUCAGGAAUCAGAAAGGGCACUCUGGACUUCAGCCAACAGGACUCCUGAGCUGAGGUGAAGAUGUUGACACUCAAGGAAGAAACUUCUGUCUCAGCUUCCCAGCAUGAAGAGGUUUCCUGCUUGGCUUAUUCUUGCACAGAGAGAGAGUGCCUUCCCAGGACCUUGUUCACUCCUGGUUCAUUGACCCUGCAGAAAACGUCCUCCCUCAUGGCUUCCUCAGCCCUUGCCCUUGGCCUGGACAUCCCAGUGUUGACUCAGGACCUAUGUCCAUUCUUUCCUGGUCCCCUUUGUACCCAACCCUUACUGCCUCCUGUGCCUCUGAACUCACCUUGUGCUGAAUUCCUUUAUUAAAUUUUUCUCACAUAAA